AUGGAUGAGAAUACCACACUGCAGAAGCGGGCCCUAAAGCCAACUCUUCGGGCCAUGGAGGACUCACUUCAGAUUCAGAGGAAAAUCAAUAACAGAAGAGCUUCCGUGGAACGCCUAAAGGCUGAACUGGAAGAGGCCGCGCUCUCGGCGCAGGCAGCGGUGUUAAAGGAGAGACAGGAGAUUGAGUUCCAGGAGAUGCGUAAACGGGCUGACAAAGAGGACUUGGAGCUAAAGCUUGCAUUGGCCACUACCCAAGCUAAACUGAGGGUUUUGGACAUGCAUGAUGGGUCUGUAGUCGCCGCACCCCAGUCCCCGCAGCCUGUGGUCGCCGCACCUCAGUCCCCGCAGCCUGUGGUCGCCGCACCUCAGUCCCCGCAGCCUGUGGUCGCCGCACCUCAGUCCCCGCAGCCUGUGGUCGCCGCACCUCAGUCCCCACAGCCUGUGGUCGCCGCACCUCAGUCCCCACAGCCUGUGGUCGCCGCACCUCAGUCCCCGCACCUUGUGGUCGCCGCACCUCAGUCCCCGCAGCCUGUGGUCGCCGCACCUCAGUCCCCGCAGCCUGACGCCGCUCCCCAGUUCCGGCCUUCUGUCGCCGCUCCCCAGUUCCGGCCUCCCGACGCCGCACCCCAGUUCCGGCCUCCCGACGCCGCACCCCAGUUCCGGCCUCCCGACGCCGCACCCCAGUUCCGGCCUCCCGACGCCGCACCCCAGUUCCGGCCUCCCGACGCCGCACCCCAGUUCCGGCCUCCCGACGCCGCACCCCAGUUCCGGCCUCCCGACGCCGCACCCCAGUUCCGGCCUCCCGACGCCGCUCCCCAGUUCCGGCCUUCCGACGCCGCCCCCCAGCUCCGGCCUUCCGACGCCGCCCCCCAGCUCCGGCCUUCCGACGCCGCUCCACAUUCCCGGCCUUCCGUCACCCCAAGUACACACCAGCUCGCAGGACAGCGCUACAGUGACUCCAUAAGCCAGGGUUGCCCCGCUCAAGCUCACAACCAUACCGCGGUUGGAGCUCACUGCAGCAACCAUGGCAGUCCGCAUAGACAGACUUUUGCAGAAGGAUUCUGUGUUCUGGUCUGA